AUGAGACUUCUCAAGACUAUUAAAUUCCACCCGACCGCAAUUCCUGGGAAGCGAGCAAUGGAUAUAGGAACUAUGAUGAUCCUGAUCUUCUUCUGUUUUGUUCCCGCGUUUUGCCAAACUCAACAAACACCACUGCCGGAAAGUUUCACAUAUUAUUAUCAGGAAGUAGAAAGACAGGGAAUGGACGUUGAUCACAGUGCUCUCAUGAUCUGUUAUAAAAUUGGCGGUGAAGUCAAACUUGUCGACUCUUCAAACCACGAGAAAGGCUACAAAUGUGAAGGAAAAACUGCAACUUGGGUUGUAGACGAUAAACAAACCAUGGAGUAUUGCACCAGUCUAAUCCCAUAUCACAUCAUCGAAGCGAAGAAACUAGCUCACGGUGUCUCCUGUACUUUCCGUAGGAUAUUUCAACAUACAGUUCGGAGAACAAUUUCCAAUGUUUCAGAAAUCAAUCUGAAAUGCGAGACUGGAUGGUACCAGAUGAAGAACAAGUGCUACAGUACAUUUCCAGUAAAAAACGGUUUUGAAGCUGCAAAGGACUAUUGUCUGAAACAAAAGCCGGAGAUUAACACAAAGAUUGCUGAGUACUACAGUGGACAUCUUUCUAACUUCAUUAAAGGCCUUACCUUUUCCGAGGCGUGGAUAUCUGCUCCUGAAAUGGAAUUAGCUUAUGAAGGAUCUGGUUUAGCGCCCGUGAUGCUUUUGGGUGGAGCCUACAAAUACGAUACAAGGCCCGGAACAGUUUUCAUGUUUGACGUCAACUCAAGAAAGGAAAAAGUUCUGUGUGAAUACGCACCUCCAAUGAACAUGGCUGAGAUGUACUUGCUUGCUGAAAUGUACAGUGAGAUAUAUCCAAUUCAUGUUACCACAACUGGAGCUGUUUUUUCUACUUCCAAUUAUUUGACGAUUCAACAAGAAGGUCUGAAAACGAACUCAAAGGGAGCAUAUGCAGAGAGUUUUACUACGAAAAACAUCAUUGACCGCUGUAAAUCGAUCGGCAACAUCAUUAGUGUGGACAGCCAUCCAAUGGCAUCAAUCCAAGAAGAAUUUGAUGAGGUUCAACGCUUUUUGAAGGAUCAUCGUUUCCAUCUGACAAGUGCAUACAAAAAUGCAGGAUGCCAGAAGACAACUUAUCAAGAUUGGGACUUUGCCAGUGAAACUUUGUUUUCUGUUUACAAAACCGUUCACCAGACUAAAGAAGAUUACUAUUCCUUUGCUUAUGAAUAUGGUGAUUGUGAUCCUGGAUGGGUAACUGCUAAGAGAUCAAAAACAACCAAAUUUUGUCACUAUGUAAGUGAAAUUCAAGUCGGAUUUAACUUUUUUUUUCAGAUAUAUACAGAAAAAGAAGUGACUCACGCAGAGGCAAUAGCUGCAUGUAAAGAUCUGAACUCCGCUUUGACCGGAUUUGAAAGCUUUGAAGAGUUUGAGUAUGUCAAGAAUCAAUUUUCUGACGACAAACCAGGGUGGGGUGACCAUUUCUGGCUGGGUGGCAUAUUGCCAUGUAAGGAAGAUUGUACCGAUCCUUCUUAUAAAGCUAGCUGGGAUGCUGGAGUCUCUAGAAAUACUCAUUUCCUGAACAAUCACGACCACGAUGGCUAUCCCUGGGCAGCAGAUGCUGAUGAUAACACAAUUUCUUUCCGUUCUGAUGUGGCCGCCUUCCACUCUCAAAACCAGCAACUAUUUGCGUUGACCGCAAUAUUUGGUCUCUCAAUCGUCGUUGCUUAUCGUUUGUAUCACGUGAGAAAUCGCAGAAGAAGCAACUGUAAUAACAAGAAAAAGCAACCGAUUCGAAAAUUGAAAAGUGAAGGGUACCUUGAAAAAUGUCUUCCAAAGAAAAUCGCCCCGAAAAAACCAAAGGAUGCGGAUGUAUCCUUGAGACCAACAGGAUCUGAUAUUCUUCAUCCGGCUCCAUUCGAUAAUGUGACAGGAACGAUGACUGUUCCAAGAUCCAAUGAAAAGGCUGAUGAUUCUUCAUCUCCACAUUCAUCGAUUACUUAUCUUCGAGAUCCUUCUGAAGCCAGAAUCUCUCCAAAACCAGCCAAGAACUCUGCGGAAAAGACGACGGAUGUAACAGUGAAGACUGGAUCAAAAGAAGAUGAUAAAAAGCCAAAGGAAUCUUCCUCGAGUUUGGAUAAUCGUGCAACAAACAAAUUGGUGGGAACUCAAACCGAAUCAGAACGCAAAGAGAUCGAACAAAUGCCAUAUUCAUUCGAGAGUUGUGCAACCGCGAAGUUCGAACCAGCACAGCCUCAGAAGGGAUCUGGAGAAAAGAUUGAAGAUUCGCCAAGCUCGAAAACAAAGAUUGAGAAAAAGCCAGAAGAAGAAAAGAAGGAAAACACUGAGGAGAAGAAAAAAAAGAGAGAAACUAUUGAGAAUGGAUCAGCAGAAAGAAGUCUGAGUGAACCGAACACCACUGAUAUCAUCGUUCCAUCUGGCACCGGUGCCAUCAUUGCAUUCGGGAAUCCCGUGACUCCUCUUCCUCCAAUCCCAUGUCCAACUCUGACUUCUCCUCUCGAAACUUCUUCGCCGAAAAUCACCGAGCCAUCUGCCGCUCUGAUCGAAACUGCCGUCGAACGAAACGCCGAAUCGUCGAUUUCUCUGGAUACCGUUCAAUCGAUGUACAAAGUUUGUAGGUGUCGAAAGAAGGAUCGUUGUGGAUUGUUGAUAGAUUCUGAAGCUCCUGUCUACGAUCCGAAUCUUAAAUUAGAUAUUCCAGUGACAAAAGUCAUUCCAGUUAGUUUCCAUAAAUACAAUCCACCGAACCUUAUGGAUCCCCCAACCGAUGGAAGUACUGAAAUCAUCGAACUCCCCGACAGUUACAUUACUGCAAACGAGGAUGAACCUGAUGUAACCAUAACCAUCCUUCCCCAUGUAUUUCGCAGUUUUCAGAACUAUUUGUCUCCAAUGUAUCCGAUGCUUGCCACAAUGAAUGCUGCACACCAACAUGCCUGCCUCAUCAACCAUCUUAUUGAGAACUACGAAUUCUUUGAAUGA